UCUUCCUAUCUUGUGCUGUCCUAGGCAAAGAUCCCAAAGCAAACAUGUCUGGAGUUAAAGGAGGACAUCAGAAAUCCCAAUGCAAGGACCCGUGCCAGAAGCAGACAAUCUGCCAGGAUCCAUGCCAGAAGCAGACAAUCUGCCAGGAUCCAUGCCAGAAGCAGACCAUCUGCCAGGAUCCAUGCCAGAAGCAGACCAUCUGCCAGGAUCCAUGCAAGGAUCCCUGCAAGCCUGUACAGCAGUGCAAAGAUCCUUGCAACCCCUGUGUUCCUGAUCCUUGCCAGUCUCAAAGAAAAUAUUACUGAAAGGACAAACCUGAGGCCAUAGAGGAAGCAAUGUUGCCUUUGAUGAUCAUAAGAACUUAUAUGCCUUAAAUUAAAAAUGUAACUGAAAUAUAUUGCUUGCUUAUUAAUAAAAGUUUCC